GCCGCCACGUGUUCGACACGUCUUAUAACUAUAGAGUUCUCGAUUUUGCUUUACGUAUCUAUUCCGAUGAUCCAUCUUUCGAGGUUAACAAUGUAUUAUGUCAAUCUUCUUUAGAAGAGAUCGGUGCCACGUGGAUAAUCAUUUACGAUUCACGGUAUGUAUCAAAAGCAUCAUUUUCAGAGUUGUAAGCUAUACGUAGAGAAAAAAUCAAGUUUACGAUUAUCUAAAGCGAUGCGUGUAAUAAUUUUAAUCGUAACAACUGAUUGUCAAGUUUAAAUUUUAUAAACUCGAUAAGUGAAGAAUCGCACUAAUUUAAAUGCUUGCUAAUACCCAUGGAAAUCUACGAAAUUACGAUGAUAAUAGGACGUUUGGGAAACGUCGAUCAUCGUGUAAACGCAUCUUCGUUACUUUUGAUAAGUGGUCAUAUCAUUCUUGUAAAUCUAUUUAAAGUUGCCUUAAAAAUAGUUAAAACGGCGUCGAAAAAACAACGGAAAUUUAUUUGGAACGUUCGUUUUCUGUGUCGACAACGACUCGAUCAAGGCGACACGUGGUUCGAGACAUUCGAAACGAUAAAUUGGUGGUAUCGUUGGCAAGGUGGUACGCGUUCGCGACUCGCAUUAAAUCGCAAAUUAGCACAUUUUAGGAGGGAACAAGGUUUAUGGAUAUCCAAGGAAAGAGGCAAUGCGAGGGUAAACGGGAGCGUGCGUUGAAUCAGCGGGGGCUGGCCGGUUAUCAGAGGGGUCAGAUACGUCGAGCGCGCCAGUCGAAGCCGAGACCUCGUCCGCGCAACUUCUCUCCGUCGAGUCUGUUUCCGUGUCGAACGGAUUCGCCGGUUUUUCAACUCGUUCGUCUACCAUCUAUCGUGUUUUUUUUUUAUUAUUUCCAUUUUUAUCAUACUUAUUUGUUUAUUCGAUCGUGAAUCGGGAGACUUUCCAUUUGUGUUACGUCGAACAAACUUUUAACCUGUUUUACCCGUUAACUUUUACUCACUUUUUUCACGAUAAAAGGGCUGACUUUCUUUCGUGAGUGUAGCGAAUAACGAAUUCAAAUUAAUUAUUAGGUUGAUGCAAAUGAAAUGACCGGUUUGUUUGAUAAAUUUUUAACACUUUUUAAUUUAUCAACACCGAAACAAUAAAUAUUGAAUAAAGAAUAAAAAAAAAAUUAGCACCUUAAGCGUUUCUAUAAUUUAUAUCCAUUCUUUCCGAUGAGUUCGAUCGUUUUAGCAUCAGAAAUAAUAUUUAUCGAUCAGAGAGAUCUAUAUAUCCUGCGAUAAAAAUUGUUAAAGCAACGAAAUAUUCUGCUUUCAUCGUUGAAUCGAUUAAUUAAGAAAUAAUACGCGAAUUUCGUUGUGAACUGUUAAUUAUAACAGACUUUUAGUCAUAUUGUACGUACAAAUGAAACGUUUAUCCGGUAAUUUUUGUUCAAUUUUAAGCUACGAUUUGAUAUAACAAUAGCGCUAUUUUACCGUGCAUUUAUGUUAUCGAAUCCUGUCAGACUUUAGUAUUUCGAAGUCGGUCGUUGGAUAUGCAACAACUUAAUUUCUUCGGAUCGUAACGAAUCUAAAUAAAAUGUAUUUAUGAGAAGAUUCUCUCGAUAAACGCGUUGUUCGAUCGAACGAUAAUUAACAGGUUAAAAGACGCAAAGGAAUCGAGAGUGAACGGUGAAAAAAGCGGGUUGAUGUAGAGCCGAAGAAUCAUGACGAGAGUGCGUCGACAUCGAUUCAUCCCGUUACUGGUGCACAUCCUGCUCGGUGCUUGCCUUGGUGUUCAACAAUUCAAAGAGACACCGCAAUAUACCGAAGUGAAUCCUGGUCAGGAUGCGAAGCUGAUCUGUCUCGUGCACGGGAAGAUGGGUCAAUGUAUUUGGCAAAAAGAUCAAAAGCCGAUCGGCAUGCAACUGGACAAGUACGAAUGGGUGGGACAAACGGACAUGGGCGACUGUUCGUUGUGGGUCAGAUCCGCCCGUUUGAGUUUCGACGACGGACUGUGGCAGUGUCAGGUGACCGCCAGUGUUUUCACGGAGCAAGACGCAUUGGCAUCCGAACCGGCGAGGCUGGUCGUCAGAGUCCGCCCUCAACGACCGCAGAUAGAGUACGCGAAUCUUCUGAUUCCACCUGGCAGCAACGUGACAGUCCGAGCAGGUGAGAUCGCUACGCUCACUUGCACAGUGCGGUAUGGGAAUCCUCCGCCUCUAAUUAAAUGGUACGUGGGUGAAACCGAAGUAACGGCGAUGAGGCCCCAGGUAAACACCACGGAGAAGGAUAAUCCUCGCACUUGGGCGACCUACAGCGUCAGUGAGAUUAUGGCGGACCGAUCUCGUUAUGGUCAACUGAUCAAAUGCGUCGCUAUUCAUCCAGCCUACGAAAACUCCACCUCCAGCACCGAAGUCAGGUUCGACGUACGAUAUGCUCCGGAAACGAGAUUGGUCGGUGUCCCGACUGGCCAACUGGAAGAGGGCCGAGAUCAGUUGGAGAUUCGGUGUUUGGCCGACGCGAAUCCACCGGCUUCGAUCCGCUGGAGGAGAACGAAGAGUUCGGGUGUGACCGAAGUAGCCAGUAUCGGGGAAACUCUCUUAUUUUCGCCGAUCUACAGAAAUCACGCAGCCGUUUACAUCUGCGAAGCAGCCAAUCCCGAGGGCGAAAGCAGCCCCGUCUCUGUUCAAGUGUCCGUCAACUAUCCACCGACCAUCAGUUCGGUCGGACCAGAUCGGCUGACGACGGCGCUUCUCUAUUCCCAUGCUUUGUUCGAGUGCAUCGCUGAUGCCAAGCCACCGGCCGAAUACAGGUGGGCCCAGAUCUUUACCGAUGGCCGAAUGCCACUGGAAUGCGGUACAGGACAGCGAUUGGUCCUGACGAACGUCACGUACGAGCAACAGGGUCAAUACAUAUGUCUCGCUUCGAACAAGAUCAAUGGAAACGUUAGAGAGGUUAAGAGCGACCCUGUAUCUCUGCAGGUGGUCGGUGCUCCAAGGGUGGUGAAACCAGCCAUCACGGAGAAGUUAGUGAUCGCAACGACGGAGGGAAGUCCAGCAAGAUUAGAGAUCAGACUGUGUUCGAAUCCGAAACCCCAGUUGGUUGCUUGGGAAUGGGGCAGCACCAGACUCCACGCCGGUGAAGCUCUGCAACCACGAUAUCGAGCGUUGGAUCUAGAACCAUUAGCGGUGGAGGAUUGUUACGCGGCAGUUUUGGAAUUAAGCAGCACGGUCAAGGAGGAUCAGAGACUGUACCACGUAAUCGUGGAAAACGAUCGAGGAAGCGAUCGCCGAGCACUGAUGCUGAGAGUGGACGAGCCAGGCCAGAUUCCACUCGUUAUCGGUGCUGUUGCCGGGUUUACCGUUCUCUCGGUGCUGAUAAUGGGAUUCGUUUGUUUCCUACGAUCGGAUAGAUGCUGCGUGGCCAGAAAUACGGUGCCUGCCCUACAGCAAGUGCAUUGUACGAAAGCCUCGAAUACGAUGAUCGAGGAUCCACGCUUAGCCGUCGACACUAUGGAACGUGGUAGCCAACAGUACGCGUCAAAAAAACGUCCGAACCACGUUUUGAAGCCUGUUCCGUCGCAACAGUAUCAACAAGAGUGUUAUCAACACGUAUCCCAACAUCAGCAACCGCAUUACCAAAGGCAUCAUCAUCACCAUGGACAACAUCAUGGACCACAGUACACGCUUCAGGGGGAGCAGCUGUUUCUCAAACCAGAUCGUUUAGCGACUCUGAAGCCCCACUGCAAGAUCGAGAAGCCGCCACAGUACACGACGUUCAAGCCAAGCUCGAACAACUGAGGAUUUUGCUACAUAUUUCUAUUUUAUAUUGAUGUACACGCGCACGUCAUAGGGAAAACGGUGAUGGGAGGAAGAUGAAAGACGGGAGGAGAAAGAGGAAGAAUCGAUUAAAAUGAGACUGAACAGGGACACCGGAUCGAAACCGAUGAUCGAUCGUCGUUUAUUCCCUUCGAAUUUAAACGAAUUUUUUCCUCCUCGAUUAAUAUUAUAACGUACGAAUUAAUAUUAUAACGUUCGAUCGGCAAUUUAUUUAUUUCGCCCUUCUGGCCACGAAGAAAUUUCACGGACAUUAUCGAUCGAGGCACUCGGUCGAUAUUAUCGUUAACGACUAAGAAAAGCGCGCUAUUGUCGCUAACAUUUUAAAUGUUAAUCGAUAGACAUUUCAUAGUGAGAAUAACUCUCUUGCCAAAUAAUACUGCCAUUCUGUUUCGAUAAUAAUACGAUCUGUACAACGUCUGAACCAAUCAAAAAAUGAGAACUAUAAUAUAAAGCGUAUUUAUAAUGCUUACGAAUAAUGUUGUUAAUAAAGCAAUGAUUUUCAGCAACUACUGGUUUUAUUAAUAUUAUACGAGCGACACGUUCGAUGCGCGGAUGCUGUUUGCGUUUUAUCAAAUUCUUAAUUCGUUUUUCUUUUGUACAAUUGUUACUAAUUUCAAUAAAGGAAU